AUGUUGGUGGAAAACGGUUCCGAGCAGGAGAACAUCCAGGGCUACCGUACCUCGGCUGGCCAACGUCGCCACGACGAGCGACGAAAGAAGCGUGAGGAGAUGGGCGGUGCGGCAAGGCUCCGCCCACCUUCCUCAGACAGGCCGUCGUCGGCGGAGAGUGCCGGCGGCGAGGCAGUGCUUCUUCGGCGGCAGCCAUUCCGACCAGGCCCUGGCCAACCUCCAGUGGUCUCGCAGCGCUUAUAAAACUUUUUAACUGUCGAUUCCGUCGCUUUAAUAGGUUUUUUCGUCGCGAGAGCCGUUAUAUUGUACAAAUAGAACAUAGCAUACAGCCGUUAAUUGGUUUGGCCACGCCCCUUCAGUUUUGCUUCACGAUCCCACGCCAUAAUUAAUGAUAUUUUAUGCCGUUUUGAUUGUUUUAUUCCAGUCUCUCAGAUAUGGCGCUUAAUUUGUUCCGCGGCUGUUUCGAAUAAUUUAUUAUUCAAUCCUGAUUUCACUUCAAUCUGAUUUCGCGUUAUCAAAUCUUCGACGCUCGUUUCAGCUUGAGUGUUCCACGGUUUGACACAUUCAUUGGUCAUAAAUGAGUUGGAUUUGUUAUCUUUCAAUAACUUCACCAUUAAUAUGCAGUUUUUUUAAUGCCUGUAAACUGAUUUUGUAAAUAGAGCUUCCACUUCUUAGGUUUGAAUCAUCUUUUGAUUUUUUGAGCAACUUGUAAAUUAAUUUUUCAAAUCUUCGGAAAUGUACUAUAGAUCCACCGAUUAAUAUUCAAUUCCCAUGAAGUUUUCCUUUGAACUUGUUCAUCGUCAUCUUUUCACAUUCAGGCUAACCCUAAGUCAUCUGAGAUUUCCAGGAAUAGAAGGUUUGGCGACGAAAACGGGAAAAAGGCGCAUGAUAUGCUCUCUGUGAUGAAUCACAUGAUGAACACCAACCCUAACACCAACCACAGGUACCGUAAUCUUCUCUUCUUUCAAACAUUUUUUUGGCACCUCGGACAGCAGAAAGCGGAACUGCUAGCCGACAGUCCUACAGUAACCGUACAUCUUUUAUUUUUUGAAAAGAUAAGCUGAUAUUUUGAUUUUAUUAGGAGCGUGUGAUUGAUGACUGAUUUUAUAGCGCGAAUUUAAUUGUUUAAGCGGAAACAAAUUACGCGGCGGCUUUUUAAUGAUCACCAUAAUAUAAACGGCACACACGCGACGCAUUUUUAUGGCGCUUUCAGUGCUUUCGAUGCCCAUCCAUGACUAAUUUGUGUGCUAGGUGUGUAGGAACGGCUAUUCUUGACCGAUCUAAAUCAAGCUCUUCUUUAUCCAAGUUACUUCGAAGAGGAAUGUAACUAUUCGUAGUGUCCUGCGACUUCCACCGUUAUUCUUUUUGGUGCACGAUUCAAUGAGACAGCCUCAGUGCAUUUCUUUUAGAGCAGGCAUAUAAGAUAUUCUAUUUUUCCUCUUGUUCAUAACUUGAGAAAAAAUGUUCGUUGGGCAAAGAACAUUUUUUUUCGGAUAUGCGUUUUAAUGAUCAAUAUGGCAUUACUUAACUUUUUUUUUGCCUGUGAUAUUAUCGUUUCAGUAGAUCGAAAUCAGCCUUCCUGACUGUUUGAAAAAUAAGGAAGUUCAUGCGAAAAACAUUUCCGAUACAUUUCAUAGAUGUUUUCCAAUCUCUACGCUUUGUUACAUUCCAAGUUUGUUGUGUUUAAUGGGACGAAGUGAAGAAAGUAAUAGGGCAUGUUUUGAAGAUUAAAUUUGAAUGAAAUUCAAUCUGUAUGUUAUGAAUGCAUUUCAUGAAACUUGUGAAGCAUCACUAGAAAAACCAAUCAGUUCCUCUCUGUUGCAAGCUUCAAAACAGAAAGAAUUGUUUGUAGCAACCCGCUGUCGGACCAAAAGCCAUUUCGACAAGACUAUCUGUGGGCCCAGCCGCCGACGUCGUCGACCAACUCCUCGACGACACCGACGUCGACGCUCCCUGCUGGCGGCGCCGCCGGAGCCGACAGCCUGUCUGACGGCAGCAACAAUUCCGACGCCGCCGGAAGCCCUGCCGCCGCCGCGUCUGCCGUCCAGCUUCCAACCAGGUGAACAUUCCGAAGAGGUUCUUCCGAGAAGAAACAAGUUAAUCGAGUUUUGUUCCACUUAUUUUUCACUCAAGAUCAAGUUUUCAUAGGUAUCAAAAACUUAUUGUGGUUCAUCAAUAACCAGAAGUAGCAGAGAAUUUUGGCGUUUUCAUUUUUCUUAAAGCUGCUGAAAAAUAGGCUAAGUUAACUUUUUUUCAUAAUUCGCCUUUUAAUGAGGACCAGAUGAAUUAAUAGUUAAUCUGAUUAUGAUAGUGCUUUUUCAUAGAAAUUUUUUUCUUUAUAUAUAGAAACAAAUUGUUUGUUAAAAUUAUAAGUGUUAAAAAAACCAUAACAGAAAGUAGUAGUGAGAUCCGAAUGUUUCUUUUCUUUAUCUCGCUUUUCAUUGGCGAUAAAGGGUUUCUAGUAGUACGGCGAUGACGAUGCCCGCUGGCUACAUGUACCAAGACUGGAUGUCCGCGCAGAAAGCUUUCCAAGCCAAUCGAUUCCCGGGUGCCAAUAGUGAGUGAAACUGGCUGGGGCAAUGCUAAACUUGGAUCUUUCUUCUCCAGUUCCUGGGUUCGAGGCGUCGAUGAUGGCCGUGAAUUCGAUGUGUCCGACGGACUUCUACUCAAACUCCUUGCCCUGGGGACCAUACACCUACUCGCAGCAGUACCCCUUUGCCGCCAACUAUUCCACGCCACUCGUCGAUGGAAGUCUAGCCGGUUCGUUUCUUUAUUUUUCAUAGAGUCGUCAUGAAAUUGUUGCGAAAUUAGAGCUGGUACGGUUUUGUUCAAAGAUGAUCCAAGAAUACAACGAUGUGAACGUUUUAAUAACUUUGGCGAUCAGCCAUAACAAAUUUCUUCAACUUUUUUAUUUGUGCAAUGAAAAAUUGAAACAUGGUAUUCAUCAUUGGAAACUUAGAUAAGAAUUCUCAUCAAACUCAUCCAAUAAGAAAUAAAUGAUUUCGAAAGGGUAAAACCCAAGGUAUAAUCAAUAAUCCUCUUUUUUUUAUUCAAACUAAUUUUACCGAUUUAAUCAUCUCAGCGUUUUUUUUUUCUCUUCAGAAUUCUGAUUUUAGAUCCAAAUUCUUUCUCUCCCCCCGAUAUGAACUUCACUUUCCAAAAAUUAGUUCAGAUAUACUUUCUUGAUUGAGUUGGAAAGUAGAAUAAAAAGCGCAUUAAUUACAGAAACAAAAGUUUUCAUACCAAUCUAAUUGUAGACCAUUUAUUCAUUUUGGUCGAAUUUUUUUAAAUCUUUUCCAAAGUACUCACGGAAGGUACGUGUUUAGAAGCCUCUUUAGUUGUCAUAUUACCUAACUCGCCAUUGCAAAUCGUCUCAGGAGGGUGUACGUCUGAAAAGAAGGCAACGGACUACAGUAACCCCCGUCCGUCGCGCUAUCACAGCGUGAGCGGCGGUGAGUGCAGGCCGUGAGCGUGAGUGGCGGCGAAUUCGUUUGAUCUCCUCCACCUCGUAUCGAAUAUUUUUCGCACACAAUUCAAAAGUUUUGCCUUCAACGUCGUUCCAUCGUAAUCUUCCACCAUUGUUUGUCAUUUCGGGGACGGAACCUUUUUUCUGCCCUUGGCGAUUCGGGCAGUGAUGAUACAACAAAUUGGCUUUCACUAACUCCUGUUUUCUUCUCUGAUGUAGAAUUUUAGGCGAUUUGUCGAUUUCGCAAAAAAAUAACUCAUAUAUUUCAUUGACCGAAGGGAGAAAAUGACUAGGGAGUAGAAAAUUCUGCUUCAUUCUAUCCUUAAAAAAGAGCGAACUUCUUCGAAAAGCUAACCAGGAAACUUUUUUUAGCCCCCGGUUGAACUUUUGCUGAAACUUAAAUUUAGCUGCUCUGGAUGAACCUUCCGCCUAACAUUUUCAAACUUGAAUAUUUUUCGGUUUCUUUUUCUAUAUCUCCUCAAAAUUAAUCUUAUGCUGCUCAAUUUUUCAGCAAUUCAAAGAAUGUGGCUCAAGUUUGAAAGCCGAGAUUUCAAAUUCUAUCAGUUUGAACCAUAGUUGAUGCUACUUUCCAUGCUGAAAUUGUUUCAAAUUAAGAAUUUUGAAAAAAAAAAUCGUUAUAACUACACAAAAUAGUCAGGUUGAAACAUCUAGCUACAUUUUAGUGGAAAACAGUGCUUACACCUACAAAACAGACUUGAAGGAGCCUGCCUUUGGGAGAAAAACAGCAGUAGUGGCGCCUAAUCGAUGAUUGCCGACUAGGAAGAGAGACCUACCGUAGUCGGUGGGCGGUGGAAUCAACACAGGCCCGACUAAUUGAACACACGGACCCACGAGUUGUGUUUUUAAUCCGAAAAUUCUCCGAAGGGUGCGGUCCGCUCGCGGUCGUAAAAGCCCGAUGGAAAGGCAUCGGCAAAAUGAGAUUGGGACGAGGGAUAAGAGCUGGUAAAGUAGAUCGGAAGCGCCAAGGGCACCUGACGACGACGAGGACGACUUCGGCAUCUGAUAGCCUAUCGUACCAUUUGAUUUGCGUCGUCGUGUUUGCUCUGUGGUACUGCGUGUCCAAUCUUGGCGUCCUCAGAUUUCUUCUUUCUUUUCUCAAACAAUCCCACUGUCAUCGCAUUCUUCAAGAUUCUUAAGAUGAAGUUACAUGAAUAAGUUUACCGACCAUAGUCAGAAGCUUCCAACAAUCUUUCCUUUUAAUGAGUUCCCUCGGUUCUUCAAUAAUCGCUGUUUAAUAAUUAAUUUCAUGUUUAAUUAUAGUUAUUUCAAACUAAAGUUUUUGAAAGAACUAGCGUUGUCUUUGGCGAAUAAGAAGUGAGAUUGUUUGGCAGAUCUUAGUAUGAUUUUAGGAAUUUAGGAAUUUGCAGUUAUUUAUACACAGUUCAUCUAGAAUAUGAUUGGAUAUUUUGACAUGGAAAUUCAUGAACUUUAAGUUGAAGUAUCGAAAAUGAGAACCGGAAAGCUUCACUCAAAGCUUCGUUCGUGGCAGAUUUUGUACUAAAUUCUUGAAAAAGAAGCUCUGCUGGACUACGGUAGUGCGGCAUCUGCAGACGGAGCCAAUAGCUGUUCUCGGCACGCCGGUGUUGUUUUUUGACUGGACAGGUGCGACGGACCUCCGGUUGCGUGAUCCUGCCGCGAUCCGUUUUUAUGCGCAGAGAAACGCGAGUGUGUCUGUGUGUGUGUGCGGCCAGCACGUCUUCGUCAUGCAUUUUACGACCGUCUUUCUCUCGCUCCGUUCUUCUGUCCUUUUUUGGGCCCAAAACGUGUAUGAAUGUGCAGCGAAUUUCAGCAAAACUCGAAAAUUCCUUCCUGCCUUGGGGUCGACUCAGCCGACACUGUUGAAGUCAUCGUGAGGUCAUUUUUGGAAGUAACCUUGAAAUAAUUGAGUAGUCAUACAAUCAAUACAAGUGGUAGCAAAAUCGCCUAUGUAAGAGAAGCCGGCCUGAAAUUAGCAUAAGAGUUUGAUUUUUUGAGUUCGAAUGUAUCUGUGAAUUCACCUGCUUGUAGAAACGAGACACUAGUAGCCUUCUCUUCCAUUGAACCAAUUAUUUUCGAACCGAAUAGAAGCCAAAGAUUCUAAUUUUUCUAGAAUUUUUAGACAAAGCUGCUAAUUUUAAAAAUGUUUUCUUUCGCACUCACCAUUAACUCAAGCUCGCGACUUUUUCUCACAAUCUAGAUAUCUAUGUCUAUUUUAGAAUCAUAGAACUUGGACACCGUGUUUAUGAUGAAAUACUACUAAAUUAUGUUCUAAACAGUCUCACGCUCAGCAGUUUCUGCUUUUCCUAAGUUUUUUUUUUCGGGAUGUAGCUACUCUAUCUACAAGGAAGCUUCUCAGUCUCGGGUUUGGCCUUCCGCCAAUCAAUCAGCCAAUCAAUCAAUCAGACGAAUGCGUUUGUUUCUUGCGUCUCCGACGCCCCACGGCGGCAUGUGCGGUUAUUCUGAUUUAUCGUAGAAUUCGUGUAGAGGACAGUAACCUCUGGGAGAGCUCUCAUUUUUAUCAAAAAACUUGCGCAAUCUAAUCUCUUACGACGCCGCUGUCAAGUCGGCGGCCUCUUUGAAAUUACACUUUUACACUUGAAUUCCAGCUCCGAAAUGACUCUAGUUCAGGUAUCAGAAGCUGUGAUUCAAUAAUAAGAACAAAUGAACAACAUAAUUUUACAAGAAUUUUUCCAACUUAUUCCUAAUCGAAAAUUUAGUUUUUUUCCUUUCAGAAAAGCUUUAUCUUCACAACGAAAAAAGCUCUCACGUGCAUUAUUUUCUUGAUUUUUUGAAAACUGAAAUCUUUCAAUAUUUUGGUCAUAAACUCAAAUUGAGUGUUCAUCGAUUUAUUAUUCUAAAUUUUCAUUGUUGAAAUUUUUUGAACAUCUCCAAAUCUUCAAAAGUUUAGGUCUUUUCGAUAUAUUUAAGAUCUUUGUAGAAUUUUCGGGAGAAAAUUCGUGCCCAACUGUAAAUUUCGCUGAUUCGUUCUCUUUUGAUAUUGGUUUGCUGACAUUUUGGAUCAUAAUGCCGUGUUCAAAGUGAUUUCGCGAAAUCCAAAAUUGCCGUCAGAAAAAGAAAAAUAUAACUAAAUUUUGGAGAGUCAGAGAUCAUUUUGUCUUUCGCGGAAAUUACUUUGAACACGGCAUAUCGAAUUAUUCAUGAAAUUAAAAGAAUCAAGAAUUGAUUGAACGGGAAUAGUUCAGAUGGUCAAUUGGUCGGCGAAUGGGCUAGCAAUUCUCACUCGAUGCGGAAGAAGCGCAAGCCGUACACGAAGCAGCAGACUUUGGAGCUCGAGAAGGAGUUCCUCUUCAACACCUACGUGAGCAAGCAGAAGCGCUGGGAGCUCGCCCGCUACCUGCAGCUCACGGAGCGGCAGGUGAAGAUUUGGUUCCAGGUGCGUCGUGUCUUUAUCCGUCGUUGCCGACCGUCAUAAAUUUUCCCGCAAUGGUUUAUGCACGUAGUAGGAAGUUGAGGAUAUUGUGGAUAACGCGUAGAUUAUGUGCAAUUUUCCAAGACACUUGCAAAUAUUUUUUUGUCUUAAACUUCCGAUCUCGGUUGACGUGUUACGGUCAAUCUAAGUUUUCUGAAAUUCUGAGAAUCCUCUUAAAAGUAGUUUUUGCUAGCAAGUUUUUAGGCGACUUCAGUUUUGAACUUCUUCGCUGGAAGUUCCCUAUAGUGAUUUUUUAUUCCUACUAUUCUCCUAAACCAGAAAUUGGUGCGACAAACUUGAGUUCAAAAGAAGUAUGGAAGAAUGGAAGCUCAAAUUUAUCAUAAAGCUAACUAUCAGUGUAUUCAACUGUAAAACAAUUGAGAAUGAUCCUCUGAGGUUUUUUCAAGUACCUUGUCUUGGAUGGUGAUUCAAUCGCUUUCCAGAACCGACGGAUGAAGGACAAGAAGCAGAAGCAGAGGGCAAGCGCCGACGGAAGUGCCGGCGGUCUUAUUUUGACGCCUUCCAUCGACUGA